AUGGGUGACAGGAACUACACUUUGUCACCCGUAACAUGGACUCAAUGCCAACCUUCACAGAACCCUCAGGACCUUCUCUUGACAAGCUAUGACAUUACAUUGGAUUACGACGUCCCCGUGGACCAGAUUCCGGAUACGACUCAGGGGACGGCCUUUUCAAUCUCAACCAUCAUCAUCGCCAUCGUUCUGGUGUGCAUCAUGCUCAUCUGUGGCAUCGGGAACUGCCUCUUCAUCGUCAUGUUAGUGCGUUACAAAAAGCUGCGCAACAUUACCAACCUGCUCAUCGCAAACUUAGCCGUGUCAGACUUCCUGGUGGCAGUGGUGUGCUGCCCGUUCCUGGUGGAUUACUAUGUGGUUAAGCGGCUCUCCUGGGAGCAUGGGAUUUUCCUGUGCGUUUCGAUCAACUACCUGAGGACAGUAUCUCUCUACGUGUCCACCAACGCCCUGCUGGCCAUCGCUGUAGACAGAUACAUGGCCAUCGUGCAUCCUCUGAAGCCAAGAAUGAAGUACCAGACUGCCUACUGGCUCAUACUCGGACUCUGGAGCUUCCCGAUCCUCAUCUCCGUGCCCUCGGCUUACUUCGCCACGGAGCAUGAGUACCCUCAAGGCACUGUCGCACAUGGCAGCAAGAUCUUCUGUGCCCAGAUCUGGGCAGCAGACCAGCAGCUUCUCUAUCGCUCUUACUUUGUGUUCAUUCUGGUUGUGGAGUUUAUUGGACCUGUGGCAGUCAUGGCACUGUGCUACACUCGGAUCUCAUGCGAACUCUGGUUCAAGAACGUUCCAGGGUUUCCAACCGAGCAGCUCAAGCAGCGUUUGCAGCGAAGGCGACGCACUGUCGUCACUCUGAUUGCUGUCCUCAUAGCUUACGUGCUUUGCUGGGCACCGUAUUACGGGUUUGCACUUCUGCGGGAUUUCUACCCAUCAGUGAUCACACGAGGGCGCAAUUCACUCGUCGCAUUCUACAUCAUCGAAUGCAUUGCCAUGAGCAAUGGGGUCAUCAAUACACUGUGCUUCGUGAGUGUGAAGAACAAUGUUGUGAAGUGUUUCAAGAAGGCGAGCUGUCCGCAGUGGCACGUUGCGUCGAGGAACGCCACCAUUGUUGGUGUCAAGGUGGCUGAGGGUGAUGUGAAGACUUCUUCACUCAAAAUGACAGAGGAAGUGAUGUGUACAUGA